AUGAUCCGAACACAAUUUAAGCUUUUAUUUGUUUUUGAUGCCACCACAACAAGUAAUCAGGAGCCGCCAACUUGUCUUCCAAAUGGUAGCAAAUCAAAUUGGCCAACAAAGACAAAGAACAGAGCAGACCAUGGAGCUGUGUGCAAUGAGCAUACAUCAUGGCCAGAAGUUGCAUUUGGACACUGGCCGAGUACGAGUCCAAUUGAUGGAUCACCGAAAACCGACUGUCCGACUGCUCAACUGUUGCUGCUGCGCUUG